AUGUCUGACAAUUUACUACUCGUUCCAGUGCAAUUGCACGCCUUCGUCUUGAAUCCAGCUGUAUGCAACGAGGAAGGCGACGAUGGCGCCCGUAUUGUUCCAAUUACACAGCCCAAUUACACCUUUCUACGUCUUGAUAACUUUGUCGUUCAGAAUGAUGUCCUCAGACACAUUGACGGCCACAACUGUGCUCCAGCAUCCAAGAAUUCACGCAUGACUGACCUAGGGGCAAGAAACCAAGAAGGCAGCCCGGCGUAUCGCCGCAAUCGCCAUGGUGUCUACAUUCACUGGAUCUUACCCCAAGUCUAUCGCACCGGAGUCACGUCUGCAGACUCUGUGUCAAAGCAAACUCGCAAUGAUGCGCGUUUGAAGCAUGGUCUCCAGGUGCUCCCUGAUGGAAAGGCUGCUGAGGUCACGACGCCUGAGUUCAUACAGCCGCCCACUAGGUGGCUUGUUGUUCGCAAGCUGGAUAUGAGCAGCAUUGACCAGAAGGACGAAGUCGAGAAACACUUCAGGGAGUACCAGGCUUGGGUCAUUGAGAGCGACUAUCUCUGGGCUCUUGAUGAUAUCCCGCUUGAUUAUGACCUUGAAGUCGACGUCACUCCCUUUGUCAUGGGUGCAGAGGGGAGCAAAGUCAAUGUUGAGCAGCAAGCUGAAGUUUUUAUCGGUCGCAAGACUCGUCUUGAAGACUGGAAGCCUAAAAAGGAGGACAAACACAUUGAUAUUACUCUUCUUCGGAGCAACAAUGAACUGUUUGCCGACUUUCAGUUACAUAACUCAAAUGUUUUCAGCAUGCUUGAUAACUUUGACUACAUUGGCGAUGACGGUGAAACAUAUUAUCUUGAGAACGCCAAGGCGAGCUAUUAUCUCUUUGGUUGGCACUCGGACAGCAAGAAUGAUCCACUCUGGGACAACCAUGACUACACGCAUGCGGAGAGGUUGGAGUCACUGUUCAUGACACUUCAAGACACCGAUAUACCAGAGACUAAGGCAUGGCUUGAAUCAUCAGAACCAGCUCGUCUAUGCUGUCAUGGAGCCAUGUACGAUGUCACCUGGGAUCACGGCAACAAGCCUGCAAAAGUACCAGCAGAUGACUACUCUGCUCGAAUCAAAGACCAAAGACUCCCAGUUCUUUCUGUUGGCACUACCCCAUUGGAAGCUCUGACCACUUACUGCAACGCUCACAAGAGCAAAGAUCCUGGCCUUAUUGGCCGAAUUGAGGCUGAUAUCAUCGCUAUCGAAGCUUUGCUGCAUACCAGAGACGAUGGCGUCGAGGGCCAGAGAGAAGCUGCCGAUACUGUCUACAACUGGAACUUUUCACGUUCCAAAGCCGGCACGCACUUUGAACUUGGCAGCAAAGACACAUCCGGUAAACCAACCAUACCGAACUCAGAGACUAUCACUGCUCUGCGAGAGGUGAAUGAAUAUCAACAGCUCUUGGAUGCAUGUGAACGCAUGGUCAAACAGCGUCGUUGGGACAUGUUCUCCCGAUGGUGGAAAUAUGUCAGCGAUGUUUCAAACCAGGAUCGAGAGAAGAGAUCGGAUGAAGAUGUCCGAGCUGCAGAACGGCUUGCGACACGUAUCUAUCAGCUUGAAAAGCAGAUCGAGGACCUCAGAGGCAAGGUCGAAGGCAAGCUUAAGAAAGAAGAGCUGUCGGACACAAAACAAGGAGCCCAGCCCUUCUUUUACAGAGGCCGAGAUCCUACUCUUUUAGUUGGCGGUAUUGAAUCUGGAUGGCCUGAUGACUUCUCUGAGAACGUGGCUGUUCGAUUACCAGUCCAAACUGUUUCUAACAUUGAUGUACCACCCUUUCUUGCGGACCUGCUCACACUGAUCCCGAGGAUCUUCACUGACGAGAUGUCAGUGAGGGCAGCUGAGAGUCUCCUAAAGGAGUUCUACAGCCUUCAGCCAGGUCUUGAUCUGUAUCCUGAAGACAGGCUGCCUCACGGCCAAGUAUAUCCCCAAUUCCACGAGCCAUCACCACCCGAAGGAACCACUUCUCGUGAUGAAUGGGGAGACACUCAACCCUGGUUCCCUCUGUUUGUGGAAUGGGAAGUUGAAUAUUUUCACAUCCCGUUUGAGAAAUGGACUCUUGACGAGACUAUCACUCACGUUUCUAAGCCCCCUCAGAUGCGCUACGGAAUUGACGUCAGUGACGGGAAGCCGUUGUGGAAAAAGCUUGAGAACGACAAACCACAUGACGUCCGCGUACUCUCCGGACGAGUCUUGAUCUUGCCUCAGCCCAGUUUCUCCCUCAGAGCAAAAGUUCGACAACUCUUUUCCGAAACCCCGCCGAGCAUACUCGAUGAGUAUAUCAAGGGCAAAGAGAAUAGAGAUCAGCUUCUCAAAGAUAUUGAGAAGUUGCCUUUUCUCUCAUGUCCGCUGACGGGAUUUACUGAGGGUCUCGUCACUAUGCACCAGGGAACGCAUAUCAAACCUGAGAACAAGACAGUGACGUCUCAAGGAGAGAAUGUCUCUGUGUUCGAUGCAGCUGAGUUUCGAAAUGCUGGUUUGACUAAAGAUAAAUUGGCGAAGAUCAUGGGUAACUCGGCCCUGACUCCGUUCGCAUCAUCGGUGAAUUUCAUUGAUGAGAGGCACUGCCCCUUCAAGCCCGUUGAACAUGGACAAAUGAGAUUCCGCAAGCUCAACAUCAUUGAUAAGUUCGGUCAAGCCAUUUUGGCCGUCGACCCCCAGCCUAGGGUAGGAGGCCCACCUCCUCUAUACCCCUGCAUCAGUAACUUCUACGAGCCACAGCAUAUGACCAUCAAUGGCAAGAUAGUUCCCAACACGGUUCUAGAAAGCCACAACGGCCUCUGCGAGUUUAUUCAGCUUCCACCGCAGAUCAAUCAAGAUGCCCGCCUCAACGCCAACUUUGUCAUCCCCACUACGGACGACAACAGGCCUGGUGACAAGUCUUAUUGGCGACCCACAAUGGAGUGGGAGAUGCCUAUUUGGGGUUGGAUUCUUACCAACUACGCGGACUACGGUAUUCAGCUUUUCCUUGCUGAUGGUACUUUCUAUGGUGAGGUACGCAUUGGUGGAGCUGAUGGCUCUAUGGACUCGCCCAAGUGGUCUCCCUUUGAACCUCCGAAAGACUACAACCCUCAAGAAACAGCACGUCUGGAUGCUCUUAUUGCAAGACUCACAAGGCCCAAUGACACAAAGUAUAUCCAAGGCUUUUGGACGAUGCUCACCACUGCCAUUGAUAGUCUCCCCCCAGCACCAUCUGCAUACGCACAGUUUCUCGGAUCUGUCGUAGGCAAGCCCUUCGCAUUAGUCAACAUGGGAUGGUCUGUUGAGCUAUCCGGUCCAUCUCUUGCUAUUCAGAGCACUAGUGCCAAGAAGACUGAACCAGAAAGACUUCUCAUCAACCCUGACCCCAAGAACGAGGAUCAAUCUUACAUCUUCCAAGUCAAGCUUGGUGAUAAGGAGCGUGCAUUCGACGGACUUGUCGGAUACUUCGAAGGUUUCGACAAGCCGCAUCCUGAAACCAAGGAGGAGCUGAACUACGAUGUUGUUAACACGUACUUCAUCCCUCGCGACACAGAUGGCAAUCCUAUUUUCAAAGACUCUUUCAAGCCGGUGACUUCCGAGACUUACCCUAAGUUUCGCCCAUACUGGAUUCCCCCGGUUGAAGAAAGCAGGGACAAAGACAAACCCGCCAGCCCAGAGAGUUAUGCCGACCAGCGUAACUCCAAGAUGUCAAUCUUCGGCGCCAUCAUCGAUCCAUUCACCUCCGUCCAUGCAUACUCCUCCUUCCUCCCCGCGAAAGAACUUGCCUUGCCAUCAUGGACAUGCCAAUCCGCCAUGAACAAAAUGCUAGCCUUCCUCCACGCAGGGCCAAUGACGCUUACUUCCGAUGUUGGACCGUUCAAGCCUGACCAGAGACUCACAAUUGAAAAGGCCAAGCAGAAGCCACCCCGCGAUCUUGGACUUCUUCCUAUAGGGUCUGGUGACUGGAACUGGCUGCAGCCUUAUGUCGAUGGGGACUCUGGUGUACCUGCUUAUAAUGCUUUUGGGAUCGAUAAGAAGGGGAAUUUGAUGAAGCCGGGUUUUGAGAAAGGGCCGUACACGUCUAUUGAGGGAUUCUUACAGCUGAGGAGGCCUUUGAUGGCGGAGAAGGCCGAUGAUUAG